CCACGCAUUUACCUACUAACAAAAACUCGAUCCACCAGCCGCUCGUCUGAUCUGACCGCUCUCCUCCUCGACCCUGAGUUUCGCAAUUCCGUUUCCCCUCCGCUGACCGACCCUCCCCCCCGGAUCUCGACCCGAAAGCUUGGCACCCAUCGCUGGAGACCCGGACGGUGUCUGCGUCAUCGCGCACCGAGUCAAAAUGACGGCCAGAGUCAAGUCGCCGGCUACGGCGGUUCCAACUACACAACACCCGUCCGGCCGGGAAAAGCAUGGCCAGGUGGUGCAAAUCCUCCGGACCAUCUCGGUUGCCCUCUACUUCCUGGCCGGCGCCACUGCUAUCCACGCAACCCAGCUUAUCGGCGCACCCCUCUACUGGAUCAACCGCGAGCUCUACUAUGCCUACAUGACCCUCACCAAGCAGUCCUUCGGGCUGCUCAUCACCACCAUGACCCAUUGGUGGGGCCCGACCACGAUACGCAUCAGCGGCGAUGCCUCGGUAGCCGAUCAGAUUCGCAAGACGGAGGAUGGCUUGGUGGAAUUCUCCUUCCCCGAGCGCAUGGUCAUGAUUGCCAACCAUCAGAUUUAUACCGACUGGCUGUACCUGUGGUGGGUCGGCUACGCGAACACCCCGAAGAUGCACGGCUCUCUCUUCAUCAUCCUAAAGGAGUCGCUCAAGUACAUCCCGAUCGUUGGGCCCGGCAUGAUGUUUUACGGCUUCAUCUUCAUGUCCCGGAAGAUGGCCGUUGACCAGCCCCGGAUGGCCCACCGUCUAAAGAAGCUCAAGACUUCGCACACGGCGCCCGACGGGAAGAAAUAUCUGGACCCGAUGUGGCUGCUCUUGUUUCCCGAGGGGACCAAUGCGUCACAGAAUGGGAAGAACAAGUCGGCGAAGUGGGCGGCCAAGAUUGGCGUGAAGGAUCCCGAACAUAUGCUGCUCCCCAGGAGCACCGGCACCUACUUUUGCCUCAACGAACUCAAGGGCACCGUUGACUACGUUUACGACUGCACCGUUGCCUACGAGGGAGUCCCCCGUGGCAAGUUCGGCGAGAGGAUUUUCACCCUCGCAGGGACCUACGUCAAAGGACAGACACCCAAAUCGGUAAACUUCUACUGGCGCCGGUUCCGUAUCGACGACAUUCCGCUCGGCAGCCAUGAGGAGUUCGACGUCUGGCUUCGCGAAAGGUGGUACGAGAAGGAUGCUCUCAUGGAGCAAUAUGUCUCGACCGGUCGCUUCCCGCCAAACCCUGCCGACGCCGUCACCAAGGGCCAAGAGCCUUUCCUCGAGACCGAGGUGCGGACAAAGUACCCUUGGGAGUUUCUUCAGAUUUUCAGCGUGCUCGGCGCUUUUGGCUUGGCCGUCAACUUCCUCUGCAAGACCUGGAACCGUUUUGUUUCGGUGCUAUUCUGAUAUCCUGAACUUCGGCGUUUUGGAACGAGAUACCCCUCCACUCACACACGGAUUAUGCUUACACGGACACUAUGCGACUUAUGACGGAGGGAAAGGGCGGGCAUUGGCGUUUUGCAAUUUGGCUUGCCGGGGCCGAAAUUGGUUUC